AUGGAAAGCCGACUUGCACGCUUGGAGGCGACGGUUCAGCAGCUCCCUCGUGGAACCAUUCAACGAGCUGAGUUAUCUGAGGCUGCAACACUCAUUGCUGCCUCCGUAUCAUCUGCCAUGCAAGAAAGGUUGAACAGUCUGGAGGAUCGAGUUGAAGCAAUAGCAGCUGAAGCUUCAGCAUCUUCCACUUUUCCAUGGGCUUUUGAGGACAGUGGCUUGCAGCGUGCAGCUGUGAGAGACAUUUCCGUGGGUUCAGGCCGGACGAGACUUGUGGCAUCGUUGAAAAGGGGUUGGAAAAAACUGUUGUGCCACAUGGCACAUGAUGAACAAAUGCGAGUGUUUUGGCGUAUUGUGGCCCAAGGACCUCUGACAGUAGCUUCCGAGUGA